UUCCACAGCAUCCGAACCCCCCCAGGCUGCGCAUAUUCCAUUAAUUUUCUCUCCAUUCUCUCCAACGUCGAUAGUAUCUCCCUCCUCAAUCCAAUUUACUAUAUCCCCGGACUUGCGCAUCACUGUCUAGCCACCGCACACCAAUCAGCCUAAUGAACUGAACCCCCUCGAAGGGCGAAGCGCGCCCGAUCACAGUCGCCAUGGCUGUAGAAUACGACCUCAUCCCCCUCUCUGACUUCGACGACAUAGACUCCGCGCGCUAUAAGUCCAAGCACUGGGCUCGACGUCGGCGAUGUUCCCCCGCCCUCCACCUCUUCCGCAGAACCCCGCGCCUAUUUAGGCCCGUCUACCUCAUCAUCGCAUUCUUUGCCUUCCUCAACUGGCAGAUCAUCUUCAACGCCUCGUACCAAAGCCCUCCGCCAUUCACCAUCCCCCGCGAAGGGAACGUAUACAUCGCCGCGAACAUCAUCAAUGCGGACCUCAUAACGGGUGCUUGGGGCGACUCACUCAACGACUUGGUGGAUUUGAUUGGGAAGGACAGGGUCUAUGUGUCCAUAUACGGCGGCCCGUCCGCUGCGCUCAAGACCCUCGAGAGCAAGCUGGACUGCGACAACAGUCUCGUAUCCGAAGAAGACGACCCUAUAGACCUGGACACUCUCCCACACAUUACCCUCUCGAACGGUAAACAAAAAACCAAGCGAAUCACAUUCUUGGCAGAAGUGAGGAACAGGGCACUGGAGCCACUGAAUACCCUGGACAAGAAGUUUGACAAGGUGCUGUUCAUCAAUGACGUAUUCUUCUCAGCAGCCGGUGCAGCGAGGAUCUUGUGGGGCACCAAUGUCAACGCCCAGGGUGUGUCGGAAUACAAAGCCGCAUGCGCAAUGGACUUCAUCAACAGCUGGAAAUACUACGACACCUUCGCGACGAGAGACUUCGAAGGCUAUAGUAUGGGACUGCCGAUCUAUCCGUGGUUCUCGAGUGAAGGAAAUGCAGUCAGCAGGAGGGAUGUGCUGGCGGGCCUCGACGCUGUCCGAGUCAAGAGUUGCUGGGGCGGCAUGGUCGCGUUCGAUGCGCGGUAUCUUCAGCGCGACCUUUCGUCUACGACCAAGACCAGAGCGACGCGUGAGAAGCCCAAGAACUUGUCUUCAAGGAAAGUCGAGCCUCCGAAGCUGCCGAUCCGCUUCCGCUCGGAGCCAGAACCUUUCUGGGACUCUAGCGAGUGUUGUCUCAUCCACGCUGAUAUUAUGGCUGCCACGCCGUUCCAAGCUCCGUCCAAAGAGCUUAGUAAGACAUACGGCGAUGGGAUCUUUAUGAAUCCUUAUGUGCGCGUGACAUACGACGCGAGCACAUAUAAUUAUCUCUGGCUAGCGCAGCGCUUUGAGAGGCUAUUCAGGGGACCCCAGUCGAUCAUCAACAGCAUUGCGAAGCUGCCAAGAUACAACUACAGGAGGGCAGAGGCAGAAGGUGAUAUAGUUGAUGAUAGGGAGUGGGUCCCGAAUACAACAUCUCGCACUCGAAGUGAUGUCGGAGAGAGCUCUUGGCAAUCCUCGGAGAUGGCAAGUAGCAGAGUGAAGCGUGGCUCCACGGAGGCAGCGAAGGGAAAGGAGUAUUGGGAUAAAAAGGGGCAUUACGUCGACGUGAAGAGAGAGGCGACGCGGGGUGCGUACUGUGGGGUCAGAUCACUAUUGGUGCUGAAAGAGAGCAAAGGGGAAGGGGAAGGGAACUGGGACACCAUGCUUGACGAGGUGCCACCCUUGGAGAACUGAUGUUAGUUUCCUGGGGAUUUAUUACGCGGACUCGGUCCCAUCUGGGGAUUGGGUUGUAUUUGGACAUGGCGUUAACCAGCGAUAUGUGGAAUAUUGUACAUGAUAUAUGGAGGAACUUGUAACUAAGUUGUUAAUACAGGCCAUGCGAACCAUUUGCCGUGGUAGUUUUCGUCGUAUAUAAUAAUCAACCAUUGUAUAUAGCUAUGAAUAGAGCCAAAAGACAUUGUGCCUCGGAAAGAGGGUUAUAUUCUCAGAUGGC